CCUCAACCUCAUAAAUUACGUAUGCUUCAUUCCACAACAACUAAACAAAAAAACAACUACUGAAUUAGUCUCAAUCUCUUGAACAUCUGAAACAAAAAUUAGUCCAAAAUGUGUAAAGGGUUUCAGCCAAACGAGAAAGAUCGCUUGAAAAUCAAAGGCUUUUACCUCCAUUUAUCAUUUUCAUCACCUACAAAAAAUGUCCCUGUACCCGAUUAUCUAACUCUACAUUAUCUCCCACGUAUAAGUGAAAGUCCAUUAGAGAUUAACGACUCAAAGAUCCGAUCCAAUUCACCCGGUUUCGUUACGCUCCACCGGGUCGUAUCAGCUGAGAAGGUAACAACAAAAGGUGUAAUUUACGGAAGUAGGGAUAGAGUUAAAGCAAGUGAAGGAGUAAAAUUCGAGAUAUUCAUGGGUGAUGUUAAGGUUAUAAAAGGUAUUUUCAUGAAAGAUUAUGAGAGGAUUGAAGAGAACUGGAGAAUAGAUUGUAAGUGCGCUUUGGAAAACGAUGAUUUCCAAGUGAAAGGCGCGGAAGUGUGUGUGGCGGUGGAAGAACACGCUGCUGUGAUAGCGGAGAAGGUGGAGAUGACGGUGAGGAAAAGGAGAUCAUCACGGCGGAGGAGCUGUUUUCAGAAAUUGGAGGAGAUUCCUGAGCAAAAUGAGUUUGAGUUGGAUACUUGUUGCUGCUCGGAGUGUGAAGGUGAAGAAGAGGAUUCUGACGGCGGCGACACGGCGGAGAUGGCGGAGGAGGGAGUUGGGUGGGCAGUAGAUGUAGGGAUAUGGGUGAUGUGUCUUGGAGUGGGGGUUGGGUAUUUGGUCUCUAGAGCUUCUUCAAAGAGCUUAAGAAGAAGGACAUUCAUAUUAUAGACUUAGCGCAUCCAACUUGUUUUAAGACGAGGAUCCCAACUUGUUAUUAUUCAUACGGUUUUUUCUUGUAAUUUCUAACAAUAGGAUGUUGCAGAAAAUUUUGUACAUAUUGAGAGUGAUCUUGAUAUGGUUAAUAAAUCCAAUUUUUAGGCCAUUAUUUACACUGA